UACUAAAAGAAAAGUUGUGUCCUUUGCUUGGCCUAGAAAUUUACUAACUGUUUAAUUCACCAUUGUAGUGUGAGAAUUAAUACUUAGCUAAAGAAAAUGGGUAAAUCUGAGAAGAAAUCGAAGAAGAAGCAUAAGACUAAGCGCAAGGAGCACAAGGACAAGACCAAGCGUAGAGAGAAGAAAUCAAAAAAGCAUAAUAAGACUAAAGAGGCCUCAGCGUCACCAAAGAAUGAACCUUUGCCGGAAAAGCAAGAGGAAAAGGAGAGUAGCGGUGGGGAGGACUUUGCAAUUCCUAUAGCGUUGAUGAACAGCAAGUCUCAUGCUCCAGAAACACCGGAGGAGUACCAGCGCCGGCAGAGCCAAAUUCGCCGAGAAGUGGAUCCGGUCACAGGACGCACACGGCUCAUCAAGGGGGACAGCGAGGUGCUCGAAGAAAUUGUGAGUAAAGAACGUCACAGCGAUAUAAACAAAAAGGCAACACGCGGUGAUGGCGAGUAUUAUGAGUCGCAAUCAUUGGCUGCUGCCAAAAAGCGUCGCAAGUAAAGACUAGAUGCAGUACAAUAUAAUAUUGUAAUU